AUGCAAAAACAGCUGAGCAGUCCCAUGCCAUCCUCGCUAUCCAACGAAUGCAAAAAGGCAGAGAAAAUCCUCAACUCAUUUGUCAAUCCGCCCCGAACGAAAAAGACCAAGGAUGAACCUGAGCUGGGCAUCCCCCGUGCGAUCCUCUCUCGCGCCAAGGGCUUAGCCAUCUUCACAGCCAUGAAAGCAGGCGUUGUAGGGUCAAUCCGCUUCGGAUCCGGCCUGAUCGUCGCCCGACUCCCAGACGGCAGCUGGUCUGCCCCAUCAGCCAUGGCCACAGGCGGAAUCGGACUAGGCACACAGCUCGGCUUCGAACUCACGGAUUUUGUGUUUGUGUUGAAUAGCGAUCGAGCCGUCAACACCUUCACUCAAUCUGGCUCCAUCACGCUGGGAAAAAACCUGUCCGUAGCUCUCGGUCCGUACGGCCGCAGCGCGGAAAUCAGCGGUGCACUCAGCUCCAAGGGUCUCGCGGGGAUGUUUGCGUACUCGAAGACCCGCGGUGUCUUUGGCGGGAAGUCCUUUGAGGGCGGGAUGAUUGGGGAGCGGCCCGAUGCUAAUAAAAAGAUGUACGGCGUUACCCUCACGGCGAAGGAACUGCUGAGUGGAAAGAUUGAACCGCCGCCUGAUGCGGAGUCUUUGAUGCGGCUGUUGAAUUCGGCGAGGUUCAAAUAUCCGACCGUCGAUGAUGGUGACGUUUCGCCGAUGGCUUCUACAGCAGAACUUUCCUCUGGUGGAACUCAACAAGAGAUCGCUGAGUUGCCUGCCCACGUGCCUGAUGAUGAGUCCAAGAAGGCUUGUGAGAUAGACUCCAAACCCCCUGGGAUGAUUGCUGAGCUUGAUGCUGGACCUGGUAAUGAAGUUUUCGAGCUGUCUGCUGGUGAUUUUGAUUCACCGAAGGUUUAUGAGCUUGAUGCGUCGCAGCCAGUUUCGUCGCAUGCAUCGAAAGAGGGAGAAUCGACCUCGAAAUCCUAA